UACCGUCUCUCUCUUACACCAUCCAGCACUCUCUUUCUCGCAUACACGCACAAAUACACACCUAAAUUUGCUCUCUAUAUUUUCCUCUUAUCCAAACACCCCCUCAAAAUCUCCCCUCUCUCUAGCAAUUCGGUCAUCAAUGGCAAGGUCGAUUUCUCAAACCCUUAGCCUAACCCGCCACCUCUCCUCCAAAUUAUCGCCGCCCUGCUCCUCCCGCCUAAUAAACCUGCGCGCCCAAUCCACCCUCCCUUUUCACCAUGACCCACCAACCGACUCCUCCGCCGACUCGCCGUCCGAUCCCCUUCUGCGCAAGCUCGAGGACGCCAUCCACCGGAUCAUCGUCCGCCGAUCCGCGCCCGAUUGGCUCCCCUUUCUGCCCGGCGCCUCCUACUGGGUCCCUCCCCCACGGUCGAGAUCGCACGGCCUGGCUCAGCUGGUCGAUAAGUUGGCUAACCCUCUGAGUGAGGAGGAGACCAUGUCUAUGACCACUGUUAGAGGAUGGCCUUCUUCUGCUUAUUUUAUCGAAGGUACAUCUCCACAACUGAUGGAGCCUGUGAUUGUGGUUCAGAGUUCUGAUGAUGUGCCCAAUCCCCAACCGACAGAGACCGGGGAUCAAAGUUCUGUCAAUUUGUCCAAGUCUGAGGAUGAGGAGGGAUGAACCAUAUAGUUCUCAAAAGCGGCAUCUGAGGCUCAUGUAGUCUUGUAAAAUGUAUGUAGGACGACGAAAGAUGCAUUGAUGAAAGGCAUUUUGUCAAGGUCAAGAGCUGUAGAGAUGCAACCUGGUUAGCGAGGUUGAAGGACUUCUAUCCGAGUUCAAGAUUACAACCGAAAAGGAGUUUACUGUAAUUAUUCAUGAAGUAUGUACAGUUGAUCAUUGUAGUGUGUUUUCGGUUGAAUUGAAUGUUAUUUGUACCUACGCCCGCAUGGUAAAUUUGAUGAAUCCAAGUUUUACCAUCAACAUUUCAGUUUUUAUCUGGAUGUCCAUGUAAAUAUACUAAAGAAGUGCACCAA